AUGGAGAAGUACCACGUGUUGGAGAUGAUCGGAGAAGGCUCUUUUGGGAGGGUGUACAAGGGUCGAAGAAAAUACAGUGCUCAGGUGGUGGCCCUGAAGUUCAUUCCAAAACUGGGACGUUCAGAGAAGGAGCUGAGGAAUCUGCAACGAGAGAUUGAAAUCAUGCGGGGUCUGCGGCAUCCCAACAUUGUGCAUAUGCUUGACAGCUUUGAAACUGACAAAGAGGUGGUGGUGGUGACAGACUAUGCUGAGGGAGAGCUCUUUCAGAUCUUGGAAGAUGAUGGAAAACUUCCAGAAGACCAGGUUCAGGCCAUUGCUGCCCAGUUGGUGUCCGCUCUGUACUAUCUGCAUUCCCACCGCAUUCUCCACCGUGACAUGAAACCUCAGAACAUCCUCCUUGCCAAGGGUGGUGGCAUCAAGCUCUGUGACUUUGGAUUUGCCAGGGCAAUGAGCACCAACACGAUGGUGCUGACAUCCAUCAAAGGCACACCACUUUAUAUGUCUCCAGAGCUGGUGGAAGAGCGACCGUACGACCACACUGCAGACCUCUGGUCUGUGGGCUGCAUACUGUAUGAGCUGGCUGUGGGCACCCCUCCCUUCUACACUACCAGCAUCUUUCAGUUGGUCAGCCUCAUUCUCAAGGACCCUGUGCGCUGGCCGACCACCAUUAGUCCUUGCUUCAAGAACUUCCUGCAGGGACUGCUCACCAAGGACCCUAGGCAGCGUCUGUCCUGGCCAGAUCUCUUACAUCACCCCUUUAUAGCUGGUCGUGUCACCAUAAUAACUGAACCAGCAGGCCCAGAUUUGGGUACCCCAUUCACCAGUCGCCUACCCCCAGAACUUCAGGUCCUAAAGGACCAACAGGCACACCAGCUGGCCCCCAAGGGCAAUCGUUCUCGAAUCUUGCGACAAGCCUGUAAACACAUGGCUGAGGAGGCCAAGCAGAAGAAACACCAGAACACAGGACCUGCCCUUGAGCAAGAGGACAGGACCAGCAAGAUGGCUUCUGGCACAGCCCCUCUGCCCAGACCAAGAGCCACUCCUCAGGAACCAGGCCUCUUGGCUGGGAUCUUGGCCUCAGAAAUGAAGAACAGCUGGGCUGAGUGGGGGGCUGGAGAGGCCCCCCCUGUACCUCGGGAAAACCAGAUCAGCCAGGAUUCUGAACCAGCUCUCCUAGAGCUGAGGCCAGAGGUGGUGAGCCAGCGGAGCAUUGAUGCAGUGGACCUAGAAAAUGAGGAGCCCGACAGCGAUGAUGAGUGGCAGCACCUGCUAGAGACCAUUGACCCUGUGCCUGUCCAGCUGAAGGCCCCCCUCACUCUGCUGUGCAAUCCUGACUUCUGCCAGCGCAUCCAGGGUCAGCUGCGCGAGGCAGGAGGGCAGAUCCUGAAAGGCAUGCUGGAGGGUGCUUCCCACAUCCUUCCUGCACUCCGGGUCUUGAGCAGUCUUCUGUCCAGCUGCAGCGACUCUGUUCUCUUGUACUCCUUCUGUCGUGAGGCAGGGCUCCCCGGGCUGCUGCUCAGCCUGCUCAGACACAGCCAGGACAGCAACAGUAUCCAGCAGCAAUGUUGGUAUGGGACCUUCUUACGGCACCUGAUGGCUGUGAUUCAGGCCUAUUUUGCCUGCACCUUCAAUCUGGAGAGGAGCCAGACAGGUGACAGCCUACAGGUGUUUCAGGAGGCCGCCAACCUCUUUUUGGACCUGUUGGGGAAACUGCUGGCCCAACCAGAUGACUCUGAGCAGACUCUAAGGAGGGAUAGCCUUAUGUGCUUUACUGUUCUGUGUGAAGCCAUGGAUGGGAACAGCCGGACCAUCUCCAAAGCCUUUUACUCCAGCCUGCUGACUACCCAGCGGGCUGUGCUGGAUGGGCUCCUUCAUGGCCUGACAGUUCCCCAGCUCCCUUUCCACACACCCCCAGGAGCCCCCCAAGUGAGCCAGCCACUACGGGAGCAGAGUGAGGACCUGCCUGGAGCCAUGUCCUCUGCACUGGCAGCCAUAUGCACUGCUCCUGUGGGGCUGCCCAGCUGCUGGGAAGCCAAGGAGCAGAUCUCUCAGCAUUUGGCGAAUCAGCUCACCGAGGACAACAACCAACUGAGACCGUCCCUUAUCUCUGGCUUGCGGCAUCCCAUCCUGUGCCUACACAUUCUCAAGGUUCUCUACUCAUGCUGCCAUGUCAGUGAGCGCCUGUGCCAUCUGCUAGGGCAAGAGCCCCUGGCCUUGGAGUCACUGUUGAUGCUGGUCCAGGGCAAGGUAAAGGUAGUAGAUUGGGAAGAGUCUACUGAGGUGGCACUCUACCUCCUCUCCCUUCUUGUCCUUCGGCUGCAAGAUCUGCCGUCUGGAAUGGAGAAGCUAGGCAAUGAGAUUGCUACUCUCUUUACCCAUUCACACGUUGUCUCUCUCGUGAGUGCAGCAGCCUGCCUGUUGGGUCAACUUGGUCAGCAAGGGGUGACCUUUGACCUCCAGCCUGUGGAGUGGAUUGCUGCAGCCUCACACGCUCUGUCUGCCCCUGCAGAGGUCCGGCUGACUCCACCAGGUGGCUGUGGAUUCUAUGACGGCCUCCUCAUCCUGCUGCUGCAGCUUCUCACCCAGCCAGGGAAGGGUAGCCCGAUGAGGGACGUGGCUAGCUCAGAAAUGUGGACCAUUCUAUGGCACCGCUUCUCCAUGGCUCUAAGGCUCCCCGAGGAAAUGUCUCCACAGGAAUCACAGCCAUCACAAAGCCCGGAGCCAGACUGGACGCUGAUCUCACCCCAAGGCAUGGCAGCCCUGCUGAGCCUGGCCGUGGCCACCUUCGCCCAGGAGCCCCAGUUAUGCCUGAGCCACCUGUCUCAACGUGGAAGUAUCCUCAUGACCACCCUGAAGCACCUGCUUUCCCCCAGAUUCCUGCGUCAGCUGGGCCGGGCGCCUCACGGGUCUGGGUUUCUGCCCGUCGUGGUGCUCUCUGUCUGCCAGCUCCUCUGCUUCCCCUUCGCCCUGGAUGUGGAUGCCGACCUCCUUGGAGGUGUGUUAGCUGACUUCGUGGACUCAGAAGUCACAGCCCGCCUGCUGCAGGUCUGCUGCCACCAUCUUCCAUUGACGCAAGUUGAGUUGCCUGUCAGCCUCCUCACACACCUGGCCCUCACGGAUUCCACCUCUCUCAACCAGUUUGUGAACACAGUGGCUGCCUCCCCUAGAACCAUCAUCUCUUUCCUCUCGGUUGCCCUCUUGGGUGACCAGCCGCUGCUGACCUCUGACAUUCUCUCCUUGCUGGCCCACACAGCCCGAGUACUGUCCCCCAGCCACUUGUCCUUCGUCCAAGAACUCCUGGCUGGCUCUGAUGAAUCCUAUCGGCCCCUGCGCAGCCUCCUGGGCCACCCAGAGAAUUCUGUGCGGGCCCGCACUUACGGGCUCCUGGGCCACCUGCUGCAAUACAGCAUGGCUGUGCGUGGGGCACUGCAGAGCCAGGCUGGGCUGCUCAACCUUCUGCUGCUGGGGCUUAGAGACAAGGACCCUGCCGUGCGGCGCGGUGCCAGCUUUGCCGUGGGCAACGCAGCCUACCAAGCUGGUCCCCUGGGACCUGCCUUGGCAGCCGCGAUACCCAGUGUGACCCAGCUACUUGGAGAUCCUCAGGCUGGUAUCCGGCGCAAUGCCGCGUCAGCUCUGGGCAACUUGGGCCCUGAGGGUUUGGGGGAGGAGCUGUUACAGUGCCAAGUACCCCAACGGCUCCUAGAGAUGGCCUGUGGAGACCCCCAGCUAAACGUGAAGGAGGCUGCCCUCAUUGCCCUCCGGAGCCUCCGACAGGAGCCCUGCAUCCAUCAGGUGCUGGUGUCCCUGGGGGCCAGUGAGCGAUUAGCCAUGCUCUCUCUGGGGAAUCAGCUCCUGCCGCAUAGCAGCUCCAGGCCUGCCUCUGCCAAACACUGCAGGAAACUCAUUCACCUCCUGAGGCCAACCCACAGCACGUGA